AUGGAUAAAUUAGAAAAAUUAUAUGACUACAUCAGAGAAAAAGGAAGCAAACAAUUAUUCAUUUUAAUAUCAAUACAAAUGUCUUUCUUAAUAAUAUCAUGCAUCGCUUUAAUAAUACUAGAGAAUGAAUAGAAUGAUGCAGAAUAUAAAAGAGAAAAUUUAUAUAAAUGGUUGAUUUUAUUAUUGUUUAGUUUAUCCUAACUUUAUUAUGCAUGGCAUUCUGUAAUUAUUGAUGAUAUUAAAUAAGAUGAUCAAGAAAAAUAUGUUAGAAUUACUAGCUUAUCUAAUAAUAUCUAUAUGUACAACAAUAGCAAGUACAUUACGAUAUUUCUAUAUUAGUAUGAAUGAAGAAUUAGAUCACAAAUUAGUAAACAAUUAUAUUAUACUUAGUUGGUUUAAACUGUAUGUUAUAUUUAUAUUGUAUUUUCAAUAUUUGUACAAAUUAUAGGAUUAAUAUCUUAUAAAUACUUUUUAGAAGCAUUUAGAGAUGAAAUAUUUACAAAAAUAGGAGCAUCUGUUAAUGAGUAAAAUAAAUUUAAAUGGUUUACAUCAUUUGAAUGUCUUCUAUAAGUAUAUGCUUAGUUAACAUUUUUGAUUUUUGUCACUUUUUUUUUUUUCUUUGAUACUUCAAUAGAUGAUUAGAAAUAGAUUCACCUUAUUGCAGAUAUCUGUGCAAUAGUAAUAAUUAUUAUUGGAUUUAUAAUUGGCUAUAUUGGAGUAAAUUAUAGAAUUAUAUAUAUAAUAGGUGAAAAAAAGACAACUUAAAUUACUUUAUUUAUAUUUUGUAAUUUCAUUUUUGAUUUGCAUAGCAGAGAAUGUCAAACUAUUUUUAUUUUUACAAUAUUAUGAUUAUUAAUUUGAAAAAAUUCAUUUAGAUUGGGCAACAUUUUCAAUAAUUACAAUAAUUUUCUCUAGUAGCAUAAUUGUAUUGGUAUUAAUAUAUAUUAAAUAUUAAAGGGAUUUAAUUUUUUUUAUGGAUAUAAAUGUGUUAAAUUAAAAUUGAUGGAUAUAAAAACUUUUGAUGAGGAUAAAAAUUAAAAAGAUCAUUUUUUAUCAUAAUAUGAUUACUGA